AUGGCUUCAGAAGGCAAACAGAUUAGUGUUGCGGCGACGGCAAUUGCGCUUCGUGGGGUCCGCCUUUUUCUUUCUGCUGGCAAAACUGCUGCAGAACGUUCACUUCCCGCUGCUGCUCAACCAGCCCCACGAGUGAAAAGGAAGCCGAAACAACCGGUGGUAGGCAAUAAGCUCUCGCCAAAGGUGAUCGAACAGCUUUUGAAGACAACUAAGUUCAACAAACCCGAGUUGGAAGCGUUGUAUUCGAUGUACAGGAGAUUGGUGAGCAGCGCUCAAGCAGCCGCACCAGCCACAGCUAUUGGGCACUCUCCAAAGAUCGAUGGCAUUGACCAAAGCACUUUCCGUGAUGUGAUGCAUAACACAUUCGAUUUGGUCACUGAGGAAGCUAUUCUCGAACGCAUGUGGAUAACUUGGGAGCGUGGAGCUGCUGGUGGUGAGGGGUCAUUAAGAUUUGAGUCUUGGGUCAGAGGACUGAGUGUACUACUGAGGGGUAAUAUGGAAGAAAGAAGAAUGUACUGUUUUAAGGUGUAUGACUUGAACAAUGAUGGGUUUAUCACGAGAGAUGAGAUGUUUUCGUUGCUUAGGAAUGCUUUACUAAAGCAACCAGGCGAUGAAGACCCUGAUGAAGGAGUUAGAGAUUUGGUAGAAUUAGUACUCAGAAAGUUGGACGUCGAUAAAGAUGGAGUGGUGUCUAUUGACGAUUAUAGACAAGCUGUGGAACAAGAGCCUCUUCUUCUUGAAGCAUUUGGACAAUGUCUACCCUCGAAGAGACAUGCACUGACUUUCCUGAAGACCCUCACAAACAAGACGUAA